UUCAACGUUCCCUCUUCCUACUCAAACGAGAAGCUUUGACGAAACCCUUCUCGGCCAAUUUCUCUGAAAGUCGUCGAAUUAUAGUCGUUUUCUUCAUCGAUUUAAUCUUCAAUUCCUAUCAGGAUGACAGAGCCACCUUUUGUCCCCAGGGAGAGACUCCUUAAGAAGCAACAGUACUUUCAAAGCAUUCCCAAGCACACUCACUUGAAGGGUCCCUUUGACAAGAUAACCUCAGUGGCCAUUCCCCUUGCAUUGGCAGCUUCAUCUAUAGUUCUCAUUGCACGAGGGAUCUACAAUAUGUCUCAUGGGAUUGGGAAGAAAGAAUGAGGGUGCUUUCUCAACGGUGAUGACCCAAAGUCUGACAUGUCAUAGCUCCCAAUGAUUU